CCAUCUUAUCAAAGACACCCCCGCCUCGCUGAGCCGUCGAACACCAUGGACGCGCCUCCGCCCGCGCAACCGGACGCCGCCGCGGCGGCGCCGGCGGCGCCGCCCACUUCGACCUCGGCUUCUGCCCCCUCAUCCGCGCCACAGCCUAAUCCCACCCCUUCCGCCUCCACCGCCGCGCCGCCCACCCCCGACACCACCCUUGCCCCGGCCCCCAAUCCCACCCCAGCCCCCGUCCAAACCCUAGAAACCCCAGCUCCAAGCCCCGCCAGUGCGCGGCCGCCGGUGCCCCGCAUGAGGCCUCCGUACACUCACCUGGCCUCGCCCAUCACGAUGUCCUCCUCUCCGGCCACGGGCGCGGCCUCUUCCUCCUCUGCUUCCGCUCCGGCCGCCACCUCUGCGUCCUCAUCUGCCAUGCCACGGGGAGGUGUAGCCCUUGGGCUACCAGCGCACCCGCGUGCGCCGCAGACGCCCGUCGGCUACACCGGGUUCGUGCCGCCGCCGACACUCGCCGCGCAGUUCGGCUCGAUGCAUCGGGGUCCUGACCAGCCCCCACCAUCCUCUACACAGCCUAGGCAGCCUUCCCCUGGGAUCCAAAAUAUUGGGACAGUUGGUUCCAUUAACACAUCUCAGGUGAGACCAGGAGCAAUCUCUAGUCUGCCACAGCAGACAAGGCCAAAUUUUCCAUCUUCAACAGCACCAUCUCCAUCUGAUAGCCAGAUUGCAAGUUCACAAAAAACCCCCAUCCAAGCUUUGGCAAGACCACCAUCUAUGGCUUCUUCCCCCUCGAUGCCUUUACAGCAAACUCCGCCAAAUGUAUCUGCUCCACUUAGGCCCCCUCAACAUAGGCCACAUCCAAGACCAUACCAUGCUCCUGCAAUUUCGCACCCACAGAAUGCACUUUUAACACAGCAGCAGCAAAAACUACCACAACAUCAACAUUUGCAGCAACAGCAGCAGCAGCAGCAGCAGCAACAAAAACUACAGCAACAGCAGCAGCAGCAGCAACAAAAACUACAGCAGCAGCAGCAGCAGCAGCAACAAAAGCUACAGCAGCAGCAGCAGCAACAACAAAAUCAGCCACAACAUUCCUCGCAGCAAAGUCAACAGACUACAACACUCAGAAACCAGCAACAAAUUUCUCAGCAGCAAACUGCUCGUACCCCUGUCUCAAUGGCUCAGAAGCUAGAUUCUCCUGCUGUACUAAAAGCUACUAAUGUGCAAUCUGGAGACAUGGCUUCAGUCGAUGUGGAUGCUGGAGGAUCUGGUAAUCGACUGCUUUCCAAGAGGAGUAUACAUGAAUUAGUUGCACAGAUUGAUCCUUCAGAAAAGCUUGAUCCUGAAGUUGAAGAUGUUCUUAUUGACAUUGCAGAAGAUUUUGUUGAAUCUGUUGCAACAUUUGCUUGUUCUUUAGCAAAACAUAGAAAGUCAAGCAUUUUAGAAGCAAAAGAUGUACUCCUCCAUGCAGAGAGAAGCUGGAAUAUUACCUUGCCAGGCUUCAGUGGAGAUGAAAUAAAACUGUACAAGAAGCCGCAUGUCAAUGAUAUUCACAGGGAGAGGCUUACUCUGAUCAAGAAGUCAAUGGCCAGCGAAAGUAACGCAAAGGGCUCUGCUGCGCAAGCUGCAGCUAACCAGAAAAAUCAGACACCCAAGCCACCUGCCACAGGCUCUCCAUGAAAGAAAUUCAAUAGGAUUACCCUCCAAAUCCUGAGCCAUCAAUGCAUUGUCAUCAUAUUCGGUGUUUGGACGAUAUGUGCUGUAGUACAUCUUCAACUAAUUGGCAUUGGCUUGUUGUAUUAUAGGACUGUACAACUGUUGGGACCGUUAGUAGGACUGCAAGAUUACAUGUACAAAUGCUUUUUCUGAAGAGUAGAUCUAUUGAAAUGCUAAUUCAGUUAUUUUGGGUUCA